AUGGCUGUCGAAGUGAAUAUUGAAGAUUUACAAUUUACAGAAAAAAUCUUGGGAAAAGGAGCCUUUGGCGAAGUUCGAAAAGCUUAUUGGUCCGAUAGUGAAGUAGCUGUGAAAAGUAUUGGUUUGAUUCAAGAAAAACCAAAAAACAUUAUAAGAGAGUUAGCUGUUUUAAGAAAAGUGACGCAUAAAAACAUUGUUCAUAUAAUGGGAUACGCUAUUGAAAAUUCACAUUUCCACAUUAUUAUGGAUUUAAUAAAAGGAUACACUUUGAAAGAUCUUAUUUUCAAAGCAAGCAUUCAAGAAAAGAUGUUGCCUGAAAAGAUUAUUCAUCGGGACAUAAACCCAGCUAAUGUGAUGGUUACCACAGAAAAAUUUGUGAAGAUAUGUGAUUUAGGAGUAUCAAAAAUAAGUGAAUUAAAUACCGAAUUGCAGACAACACAAGAAAAAACCAAAUGUGCUGGUACUCCACUCAACAUGGCUCCAGAAAUUUUUCUCCACCAUCAAAGCACAAAAAACUAA